CCUGGCAGUCUGUAGACUACGCGCGCGCAAUUUUCUGCAGCUUUUAUACGUUUCAAUCUUUUACCAUUUACUAAAAUUUUGUUACGUGAUAAUGUUGGAAAUUGCAAUCAUAGCAUAAAUGCAUGUUGCAUCCAAAAUAGUUCUACACAUCAGCAAUGGAUCCGGCCUUCCGUAGCAGGUAUCAAAAGUGCAAGUACAAAGUGAAACUUUGGGAAAAGGAGUUCCGUAAGAAAAAUGGACGGAUUCCAUCAAAGCAUGAUAUUAGAGAUGCAAAAGACGAUGUUCGAGAAGCUUAUAAAAUGUAUUACAAGUUAAAGACCUCGCUGUUGGAAAAUACACUGCAAGAUGUGCUUGGUGACGAAGAUGAUUUCGACAGCUCAUUAGUGUCACAAAUGGAGUCCGGACUCUCGCAAGACUGUUCCGUUGCAGAUAGCUCCUUUUCCAACCUCGGCGAAUUGAAAGCAUCGAAUGUGUCAAUCAGCAACCUCUUAACGGAUCAAAUUGCAGGACAUGUGUCAGAGUUUGAAGCGGAGCAAGAAUUGGAGCAGAAUGUACGAGCUUGGGGUAAGGAAUUAAAUAAGAAAAAAUCGACCGUGGUUGAGGUACAGAAAAAAUCUUCAGUAAAACCUAGAGGGAAGACUCUUAUAAAGCAACUGAUAGACGUGUCCUCAAUGGUACCGAGCCGUAAUCCACGAAAAUCAAUUAGUAGUAGGCUUUCGAGUAGCACACUGUCGUCUGCAUCGGGUCAGACUUCGUUUGGCUCUGGCAGUUGGAAAGAUGCGCUUCCGGAUUUGGAAACUUUAUUGAAUGAAAAGUCUAAGCAAGCUCAACAAACAUCUCCGGUACAAGUUUCGACUUUAAGCCAACAGUCCAAAAUUCCCGUCAAUCAGCUCGAUGAAGGUUGGUUGAACCGUCAGUCGGGAACACAAGGCGAUGUAGUCAAUCCUGAAGGUGCUAGUCAACCUAAGAAGUAUGGACUAGGUAACAUCAGUUUGUCCAAGUUAGACAGUUCUAAUACUGCACUCGUCGAUGUUUCAAGCAGUUUUGGAUUGUCUGCUCUUAGUAUGAAUUCUUUUAGCAGUAACACACAGAUCAUUGCCCAAAGUACGGCUCUCGAUAGGUCCAUUCAGUCGGACUCCGACGGAGUGGUGGAAAACAGCGAGGAUGAGUUGGUUGGUGCAAAUGGUUCGCUGAACAACACUACCAAUAUUCGUCAUGUUACAAAGAAACGUAAAGUGUUUUCGAGUUUGAAUGUAAAAGCGGAAAAGAAAGAGACCGAAGCUGUUGUUCCUGUAACUAUGGAGCAAACGGGUAGUGAGAAACAGGUUGAUGCGGAGAAUUUAGACCCAACAGAAACUGCAGCUCCGAAAAAACACGAAACACAACCCACCCGAGGACGCAAAAAGGGGCCUGCUAAGACCAAACCAGCAACAGCUAAGGUUCCUAUACGAAAACUACCAGCACGUGGUCGCAAAUCAGUUAGUUACAAAGUGCAAAACGCCAGCGAAGACGAAGCAGUUGCUGAUGCUUUUGAAGACUUUGAUGACGAUGAUAAAGAUCCGGAUUUCGUCAGUAAAAAGGAGAAUCCAUCCGAUGUGGAUUCGAAUGAUGAUAAUACUGCCGAUGUAAGCUCUGCUGCGGUUGAGCCGGAGGAAGUAAAAAGGAAGGGAAGACCACGGAAAUCCAGGUCAAAAAAUAUUACCAAUACUUCAGUGUCUCCAUCCGCACGUGGAAGCAGUCGCAAACGUCGCUCGGGAAGUGCAAAGAAAAGUCCAGCAGCCCCACGAAUUGGUGGCAAUAUUGGCAAGGGAAAGAGGAAAAUUACAAAACAAGCACGAGGUCGUCCAGUUAAAAAGGUACAGGAAGAAAUGAAGCAGGAGGAACCAGAGGAAUUUAAUGAGUAUGUUUUAGAAUUUGGUAUUGAAAGUUUGAGCAAUGUACCUCGCAUUGAGUUAAACGAGCUUAAAAUGCAAAGUGCAGCUGCCGAAAAUUUCAUUCAGGGUGCUAUUGCUGAGGAAACGGCUACUAAAAGUAAGAGUGAUCGUAAUCUUGUGUCUAAUAAAGAAGCUAUCUUGAAGAAAAAAGCGGCCGCAGGAAAACUGAAUGAAAACUUUGUCCGUAUUGAUAUCAGAAAGAAGGUAUAUGUAAAGGGUAAAAAGACUGUUAACUUCAGCAAGUAUAAGAAAGCUCAAUGGAAAAAGAAGAAAAUUGCUGCUAUGAGUGGGCCGGAAAUGGACAUGGGAGGAUGCGAUGGAGGUGUUCUGACUUGCUUCCAGUGUGGCGGUGUUGGCCACAUGGCCAGAAAUUGCAAAGUACGAGGAGAGCAAUUACUUCCACUAGAUGCUGCAGAAGCAGAUGAAUCGCCAUUUCCAACACUGGAGGAGGCUGAAUCGAUGGCAAAAGCGAAAUCAUUGGUGGUUCACGCCAACCGAAUGCAGAACCUUCCCAUCGUCGAUAAUCCGACAUGGAAAGCUGAUGAAACCGAAGGAUCAAGUAAUUUUAGCGAAGGUGCCAGUAACGAAUCUGAAAGAUGCAAAGACCCUUAUCACUCGCCUGAAAAAUCUUUCUAUAUUAGGCACACUAUUCCCGAAGAUUUUCUGAAAACAUCCGGCAUCCUUGAAUAUACUGUUGGCAGCAAAGACAAAAUUGAACCACUGUAUCAGCUGCAACCCGAUGGCGUACUUCCAGCAACACCGAGAGAAGUUUUCGAGGCUCUUAAAAUGUUUGGUCAUAAACAGUUCCGAGCAGGACAAGAGAAGGCCAUUAUGCGUGUCCUCACCGGCAUGUCCACAUUGGUUACGCUCAGCACUGGGUCUGGUAAAUCCCUCUGUUACCAGCUGCCAGCAUAUUUGUACAGAAAACAACGCAAGUGUGUUACAUUGGUGAUAUCCCCGCUUGUCUCACUAAUGGAGGAUCAAGUGCACGGCGUUCCAGAUUUUUUGAACGCACAAUGUUUACAUACCAACCAAACACCAAAAGUGCGGGAGAAAACGAUGGCUGCAAUCACAUCUGGAGAGCUAGACGUCCUACUUAUUUCACCUGAAGCAGUCGUUUCCGGUGAAAAAUCCACCGGGUUCGGAUCUCUGCUACGACAGUUACCACCGAUUGCGUUUGCCUGCAUUGAUGAGGCACAUUGCGUAUCCCAGUGGAGUCAUAACUUUCGUCCAAGCUAUCUGAUGAUUUGUAGGGUUCUCAAAGAAAAACUUGGAGUUCAUACCAUCCUUGGCUUAACGGCGACGGCGACUGUUCAAACCAGACUCAGCAUUGUGGAUCACCUGGCGAUUCCCGAUGGAACGGACGGUAUUAUAAGUGAUAUCCCGUUGCCCGACAAUCUGAUCCUGUCGGUGUCAAAGGAUGCGAACCGAGAUGCAGCCCUGCUUAACUUGCUCCACUCAGAUCGUUUCUCCAGGCUGCAAUCGAUAAUCGUUUACUGCACAAGACGAGACGAGUGUGAACGAAUUGCAGCAUUUUUGCGGACUUGCUUUCAGGAUAUGCGGCGAACGGACACGAAGGAUACUGCUAGCGGUGCCAAGAAGCGGAAGAGAGAAAACUGCAUUGCCGAACCGUAUCAUGCUGGGUUGCCGUCGUCAAGGCGGAAAAGUAUUCAGAACGCCUUUAUGCGGGGUGAUCUGAGAAUCGUAGUGGCUACGAUCGCUUUUGGAAUGGGCAUCAACAAAUCGGAUAUUCGGGCAAUCAUCCACUACAACAUGCCGAGAAAUUUCGAAAGCUAUGUACAAGAGGUGGGUCGCGCUGGUCGCGACGGAGAUGUUUCCCAUUGUCAUUUGUUUUUGGACUGCAAAGGAAACGAUAGAAAUGAGUUACGUCGGCACAUUUAUGCCAAUUCAAUUGAUCGCCACGUGAUAAGAAAGCUGUUACAGAAAAUUUUUGUUUCCUGCGCGUGUGUGAAGAACUUCAGGGAUGAAAAAUUUUCUGAAGAGCAUCGCAAACAGGUAGAGGCCCUGAAAGAUAUUGAUUGGUCGGAAGAUUUCCACCAAUCUGCUGGAGAAACUAAGCCCACUGUGCCGAAGAAAAGUACCAUCCAGCGUGUAUGCCCUGGACAUGAAGUUUGCUUUUCAAUAGAAUCGACUGUUCAGCAGUUGGACAUUCCGGAGGAAAAUAUAUCGACAUUAUUGUGUUACUUAGAACUGCAUGAAGAACGUUACAUUCAGGUACUGAGUCGAGCUUACGUUAUGUGCAAGGUAAUGUCUUAUGCCGGCCCAAGGGCCCUAAGAGCCGCCGCCAAAGAUUGUCCGCCACUUGCGAUGGCCAUAGCACUAGAUUUGAGAAAAGGAAAUUCGAAUGAUGCGGCUACUUUUAUCGAGUUUCAUGUUAUAGACGUUGCUGCUGCCAUCGGUUGGGACAGUGGGGUUGUUAAAUUUCAACUGAAAAAUCUCGAAUGGGUUGUGGAGAAAAACGUUCGUAAACGCUCACCUAUCAGUGUAAGUUUCUUUGACUUGGGUUUCCGAAUGCGUGCACCCGGUGAUCUAUCGGAUGAUGAAUUAGACACCAAUUUAGACUCCUUGUACAGGCGGGUUACAAAUCAGGAAAAAACUCAACUAAUACAGCUUCAGUGCGUGUUCGAUGCACUUUCAUCGGUUGCUUUCCCAAGCUACGUUUCUGUUGGAAACACUGAAAAGCUUGCUGAACCCUCUAAUAAGCUGAAAACUAUCAUACGAGCAUAUUUUGAGGACAACAGCCGCAAUGAUAAUACAGAAUUCGUUCCGGAGGUUGAUGACACUCCCGAAUAUCAGCUGCUAGGCGAUAUACGAAGCUUGAUACAACGUUAUCCGGAGAACAACUUUACCGGUCGUGCAAUCGCCCGUAUAUUUCAUGGGGUGCAAAGUCCCAACUUUCCGGCUGUCAUUUGGGGCAGGUGCAACUACUGGCGGGCACAUACCGCUGCCGAUUUUAACCGGAUUGUUCGUCUAGCUAAUACUGAAAUUGUGCGUAUGCGAACUUAAUGCUAGCGAACGAAUGGCGUAAAAGUUAAUUGUUUAAAUUGCGUGUUAAUUAAAAUCAAAGUUUCAUUGAUAAUAGAUUUUAUUGUUGAUUGCUUAUUAAAA